AUGAUGAAUGAGACCAAUAAGGAUGCCUUUAGGAGUGUCAACAGAAAGCCCGGCUUGCAGAUAUGGACCAUUAAUAAGCUGCAAAUGGUGCCCGUGCCGUCCCAUAGUUUUGGCAACUUCUUUGAGGGCGAUUGUUAUAUUGUUCUACAUAUGAGUCAGAACAUGGGCACGGCCGACAUCCACUACUGGAUUGGUAAGGCGUCGUCACAGGAUGAGCAGGGUGCGGCAGCCGUCUACGUCUCUCAGCUGGACGAGUACUUGGGGGGUGCGCCGGUGCAGCACAGGGAGGUGCAGGGAUACGAGUCUCCUCGCUUCAAGAGCUACUUCAAAAAUGGCGUCAUCUACAAAAAGGGCGGUGUGGCUUCCGGUUUUGACCACGUGGACACCAACACCUACAACGUCCAGCGGCUGCUGCAUGUCAAGGGGCGGAAGCACGUCACAGCCACAGAGGUGGAUGUAUCAUGGAACAGCUUUAACACAGGUGACAUCUUUUUGCUGGAUUUGGGCAAAGCUAUUGUGCAGUGGAAUGGAGAGAAGAGCAAUAGAAGAGAGAAGCUCAAGGCCACCUUGCUGGCUCAGGACAUCCGUGACCGGGAGCGAGGCGGCCGGGCUCAGAUCGGAGUCGUGGAGGGCGCGGAUGAGCGCGACUCACCAGAAUUGAUGAAGACAAUGACUGAGGCACUGGGUCAAAGAAACACCCCGGUCAAGGCCGCCGUGCCCGACGAUGACUCCCUCCAGGCACGCAAUGCCAUUGUCAGGCUCUACCAUGUCUAUGACGUCAGUGGGAAUAUGGUCGUUCAAGAAGUAGCGACACAGCCUCUAACCCAAGACCUCCUUCAGUCCUCUGACUGCUACAUCUUGGACAAUGGGGGCUCCAGUGUGAUGGUAUGGAAAGGAAAGCACGCCUCAAAAGAAGAGAGACAGGCCGCUAUGAACCGUGCGGUGGGUUACAUCAAAGCCAAAAACUACCCAACGAGCACCAGCGUGGAAGUGAUGAGCGAGGGUGGCGAGUCAGCCAUGUUUAAGCACCUGUUCAAGAGCUGGAAGGACAAGAAUACAACACAAGGGCUGGGCACCACGCAUAGCCUGGGAAAGAUAGCAAAGCUAGACCAGGUAAAGUUUGACGUGCUGCAGCUCCACGGGCAUCCUGAGCUAGCAGCGCAGCAACGCAUGGUGGACGAUGGCUCGGGAGACAUCAAGGUGUGGCGUAUCGAGAAUUUGGAGCUGGCGGAGGUCGAGCCGAGAUCGUACGGACAGUUCUACGGAGGAGACUGCUACUUGGUCCUGUACACGUAUCGUGUUUCAAACCGGGAGCAGCACAUUCUCUACAUGUGGCAGGGGCGUCACGCCACCAAAGACGAGGUGACGGCUUGCGCCUAUCAGGCGGUGCACAUCGAUAACAAGUAUAACGGCACCCCUGUGCAAGUCAGGGUGGUUAUGGGAAAGGAGCCUCGACAUUUCCUGGCCAUUUUCAAAGGCAAACUUAUUAUCUUUGAGGGUGGGACUGGUCGACCCGGUGUGGUCAACCCUGUGGACGGAGCCAGACUCUUUCAGGUCCGGGGGACUAAUGAGCUGAACACCAAGGCAACUGAGGUACUGGCUAGGGCGUCGUCUCUCAACUCCAACGACGUUUUCCUUCUUGACGGCGAGCACUCGUGCUACCUGUGGUACGGAAAGGGUUGCAAUGGGGAUGAGAGGUUGAUGGGCAGAGCCGUUUCUGACGUGCUCUCCAAGCGGGAAAAGCAGGUGGUAAUGGAGGGUCAGGAACCUGCUGAAUUCUGGGUAGCCUUGGGAGGGAAGGCUCCAUAUGCUAAUGACAAGAGCUUCCAGAUGGAGGAGCCUCUUCAUAGCCCUCGCCUGUUUGAAUGCUCAAAUCAGACGGGUCAGUUUAGGAUGACCGAGAUGGCCGACUUUGCGCAGAGCGACCUUGACGAGGAGGAUGUCAUGCUGCUGGACACCUGGGAGGAAAUUUUCUUGUGGGUGGGCAACUCUGCCAACGAGUAUGAAACCAAAGAGGCAUGGAACUGCGCCCGGGAGUACUUGCGUACUCACCCGGCAGGCCGCGACCUGGAUACGCCUAUGAUUUCUGUCAAACAGGGCUUCGAACCUCCUACGUUCACCGGAUGGUUUAAUGCGUGGGACCCCCACAAGUGGAGUGGGGGAAAGUCCUACAAUCAGAUUAGGAAGGAACUGAACGACGAGGCGACACUCUCUCAAGUCAAUAUUAAUCUGAACAACACCACUUUGAAAUCUGGAGGGGGUGGUUACCAGGCUCCCGGAGGCCCAAUGAGCCCUCCGCCGGUCUACAAGAGUCAUUUAGGGGAAUCGUCCCCUCACGCCACUAGCCCGACCGCAUCACACCUGUUCUCUGCAGCCCACGGGAAGCACGUGGCUCCCGAGGUCCUCAUCAAUAAGCCCGCCUCGGAGCUUCCUCCGGGUGUGGACCCUUGCCACAAAGAGAACUUCCUGUCGGACAAUGACUUUGAGCGGCUGCUCGGCGUGGACCGCUUGGAAUUCCAGCGCCUGGCGACGUGGCGACAGAAUGAGCUGAAAAAGAAGGCGGGGCUUUUUUAA